AUGCCGUCGCGCUUGCAAGCGCCAGUCCUGACGCUCGAUGCGGCAAAGAUGCAAGAGGUGGAUCCCAGGAACAUUGAAUCGCUUUUUGGGAUGUGGACUGUGUUCAACAAAUGCUCGCAAAAUAUAAAGGACGGAUCGAGGCUAGAGAAUUUGAGCUGGAGGUUAUGGGCUCGAGAGACGCUUUGCUGUCCGCCGCAACCCGAAAAGACUAUCGUGCCAGCUAUCGAUGUACCUGCGGGUCGAACGAGUCAGGUGCCGUCACUCUCGAAUUCAUACGAAUCGGAGGACGACAGCUCUAGCGAUCGCGAAAAUGAGACGACACCGCGGAGCAGGCGGCAUACGCCUCCUCAGGACGCCGAUGACAGUGCGCUGUCGAAAUCGCGAGGGAAGGAAGUUCACCUGUCUCCCACCACAUUGAAGAAGAUCGUAGUACACAUACAGGAGAAGUCCGAGCUAGGCCCAUUGUCGCCCACCAUAGAAGCGUCGAUUCCGCCGAUUCCGGAGACAAUUGCGGUCCCCAAAGAUGCCGAAAUUGACAGCAAAGAAAUGCAGAACUCUACAGAGUCAUGCAUGUCCGGGACCACUGCGGUCACUGGCAGCACUAGCACUACCCAAAGAAGCGAUCAUCGCACUUCGGAAUCGUCUGUUUCAUCGGCCGAUUUGAUACCGGCUGACGGAUUGAUACGCACCGGUUCAGUGGUUCAUGGCUUUUCGCCAGUGUCGACUUCGUUCAAGGGGAAGUCCACGACUGCCUUGCCAGUGCCUUCCAGCAGACUUGCCGUGUCCCCAGCGAAGAAGACCGGCAUGUUCCAGCUUGGCGCCUCGUCAGAAGAUGAUGAUAGCUCCUUCGAACACAGACCAUCGGCACUCAAACCGCCACCAGCCCGCAGCUCCCUGUCGCACAGUUUGACACGUCGACAAAUAUCGAAUGGAUCUAGCAAGAAGCAGACCUCAUUCCGGGAAAUUCUAGAGCAACACAAACGUGAUUCAGACGCUGAUGAUCAGGCAGACGAAGGCGCCAUUGCAUCUGAUAGUGAUGACUCUGUCUUCGAAGAGGACGAAGAAGAAGACUGGGAAGACACGCCAUCCGAGGACGAGAAGCUGGUAGCCAACGCACUGACAACCUUUCGCAGGGUCGAGAGCAGGCCCGAUCUUGUGUCACGGCCAAGCAUGCUUAGUAUGCAGAUUGAGCAACGGAGGCGCGCUUCCUCUGGACUGCAGAACGAGAUCUCACAUUCUCAACCUGCACUACGACGAUCAAGAGUCUCGACACCGAACGGUCCAUCAAUGCCUGGGUCGCCGAGUGAUCACGAUGAUGAAGGGGGCCUAAUGAUGCGAGGAGCUCCUACACAAGCCCGUCCCAUCGUCAUUACACAGCCAUCAUCACAAUCAAUGGCUCAUUCACCGAGGACGACCCGACGGAAUAUGCUGUCCACGGAAUUGACAGAGUCGUUACGGAAGCAUCUUCUGUGGGAACGGCAGCAGAAAUCUCAAGCAGUCAAUGCAUUUGUUAGACGCAAUCGCAAUGCUCAGAGUAUGGCGAAUCUGCAGACUGCUGCCCUGCAACCCCCUCAGCCAGACAGGAGCAACAAUUCAUGGAACCAGGAAUUCGAAAACCCCUGGGAGUUCAAUAACAGGGGAUGGUGA